UGACCUAACUGUGCGGAGGGGGAAUCCUCUCCGACUGGCUAUAAAACACACUCGCACACACACGCAUCUGUACACACAGAUCAUUCACUGAUUAUUCUGAUCUGGAGUGUGUGCUCACCUGACCAGGUGUGUGUGUGUGUGUGUGUGUGUCAGCCCGGACAGGUGUGUGAAAUUGCUUGAAUUAUUCUGUUACACUGAGAAAGCACAAUUUUUACGGAUUCUUUUCUCGAACUUCCGGGUUUUGGACACAGUUUAAACCCUGUGUGGGUCAGCAGGACUGGACUAGAGCCGGCAAAUGAAGACAAUGGCACCUCGACCAAACUCUCUGGAGCAGCACACAGAUGCUCUUAAUGGUCAGAAACACAAGUCGGUGUACAUGGCUCCGGCUGUUUCUACUGUGGCUCUGAUUCAGGCUGAUCUGGACAGAGAGGAGGAUCCCUGGGACCUGCCAGAGCUUCAGGACACUGGGGUCAAAUGGAGAGAUUUAGACAGUAAGGGGAAGGGGAAGAGGGUGUGUAUUUCAGUGUUAAAGCUGGUGGCGCUGUUGGGUUUACUGUAUCUGUUCGUGUGCUCCCUGGAUAUUCUCAGCCAAGGGUUUCAGCUUGUUGGAGGGAAGGCGGCUGGUGAUAUAUUCCAGGACAAUGAGGUGUUGUCCAACCCCCUUGCUGGACUGGUCAUUGGUGUUUUGGUCACUCUGCUGGUCCAAAGCUCCAGCACAUCCUCCUCUAUAGUGGUCAGCAUGGUCUCCUCUGGAUUGCUGCAGGUGUCAACAGCAGUCCCCAUUAUCAUGGGCACCAACAUCGGGACGUCCGUUACUAACACAGUGGUAGCCAUGACGCAGGCCGGAGACCGCAGCAAGUUCCGCAGGGCGUUUGCUGGAGCCACGGUGCACGACUUCUUCAACUGGCUGUCCGUGUUGGUGCUGUUGCCGUUGGAGGCCGCUACAGGUUACCUGUACCGCCUCACCGAGCUCAUAGUGAGAUCCUUCAACAUAGAAAGUGGAGAUAACGCCCCGGCACUGCUCAACGUCAUCACGGACCCGCUCACACACUCCAUCAUAGAGCUGGACGAAUCCGUCAUCAGUGGCAUUGCAACCGGAGAUCCAGAGGCCAAGAAUAAAAGCCUCAUCAAAACUUGGUGCUCAACAAUGAAAAACACGACACUGCAGAACGUAACUAUCGUCAACUGCACUAGCGCCCCCUGCUGGGAGUGGAAGAAUGUCACGGAAAUAAUAAACAUUCAGAAAUGUCAUCAUAUCUUUGUGGACACUAAUCUGGCAGACCUAGCAGUGGGGCUAAUCCUGUUAGCCAUGUCGCUGGUCGUUCUGUGUGGUUGCCUCAUAUUCAUUGUCAAACUCCUCAACUCCAUGCUGAAGGGUCAGGUAGCUUCAGUCAUCAAGAAGAUCAUCAACACAGAUUUUCCGUUUCCAUUCUCAUGGGUGACCGGAUACCUGGCCAUCAUGGUGGGAGCUGGAAUGACCUUCAUUGUCCAAAGCAGCUCGGUUUUCACCUCAGCUAUUACACCUCUAGUAGGUAUUGGUGUUAUAAGCAUUGAAAGAGCGUAUCCGUUGUCUUUGGGCUCAAACAUUGGAACCACCACCACAGCUAUACUGGCAGCCAUGGCCAGUCCAGGAGAGACACUGACCAAUUCACUGCAGAUCGCUCUGGUUCAUCUAUUCUUUAACGUGUCGGGCAUCCUGCUGUGGUACGUCCUGCCGUUCAUGCGUGUCCCGAUCGUCCUGGCCAAAGCGCUGGGCAACGUGACGGCAAGUUAUCGCUGGUUCGCCAUUUUCUACAUCCUCUUCUGCUUCUUCUUCAUCCCGCUGCUGGUGUUCGGCCUGUCGCUGGCGGGUCUGCCUGCGCUGCUGGGCGUCCUCCUGCCGGUGGCGCUGCUGCUGCUGUUUAUCAUUGUGGUGAACUUCAUGCAGUCGCGCUGGCCUCACUGCCUCCCUCACUGCCUCCGGACCUGGGAGUUCCUCCCCCUCUGGGCUCGGUCCCUGGAGCCCUACGACAGGAUGGUCACGGCCUGCGCCGGCCGCUGCUGCUGCUGCUGCAAGUGCUGCCAGGUCAUCGCCCCCGGCGAUGAGGAGGCGGGGCCGGCGGAGAAGAAACCCUGCGGAGUGGAGAUGCACGACGAGCCGGCGAUAAGCAACGAGAACUGCACGAGCACGCCGGUGAUCCUGAAAGUGACAGCGUUAUAGACUCACUAUUAACAUUGCUCUCAUGCAUUUACCAUAUAGUUAUUACACAGCGAAACUCAAAUCCAUAUCAACCUCACUGACUGAUGCUCUGCCACCUGGAUGGCAUCAGUGGACUCGGGAACGAGAGCAAAAAAAAUGCAAUGUUUAAAUGUUUAUGAAUGUUGUUUCAUAAUUUAUAUGUUUGUAUGUUUUUGUUUCUAACUUUUACAAAUGCCAUUUAGUGAACUUACAAUUUUAUUUAUCUCAGAUGUACUCGAUUAUCAAAGGAAAAUAGCACUGGAGCUACGAGGCUAAUGCUAGUAAAAAAAACUGGGAAAGCAUAGAGCGUGCACCAGAUUAUAAGGCGCAUUAUGUGUCACUAGUAAUGAACAGGAGUGUCGCCAUGUUUCCCUUGUAAUUCAGCAGGUCUUGCUGCACUUGCUGUAUCUUCGGCAUGUGUGUGUGUUUGUGUGUGUGUGUGUGUGUGUGGGGGGGGGCUGUUUAUGGCAUGUGCAAACGUAACAUUUUGUCUGUCUUUCUUUUUUUUAAGAUUUAUUUUAAUUUUUCUCCUAUUUUUCUCUCCAAUUCAACUGUUAGUCAGCUGUAUAUCCCACACAAGAAAGUAGCAUCACAGGGCUAAUGCUCGAAGGAAAGCGCAGCGACUCAGUUACGAUACAUCAGCUCACAGACGCAGCCUUGUGCUGAUCCACAUCACCCUAAGUGAUGAGGGGAAAGAGAACAAUCUACUGUACCCACCCAGAGAGAGCAAGACCAGUUGUGCUCUCUCAGAGCUCCGGCUGCUGAUGACAAACUGCAUGACCGGGAUUCAAACCCGGGAUUCUCCCGAUCAUAGUGCUAAUACUGCUAACAAAGAACAAAAACAGAUUCGUUUGAACAGUUUGAACAGUUUACGAAUUGAUGGCUACCCAAAGACCAGCUCAAAAGUUACAUAACAGAAUUUAUAUAUUGUCUUUUUGUGCUUUAAAGGGAGGGGUUUUCUACCUAAUUUGUUGUUACUAAAAAAAAUGGAAGGCUACACUCUUAACUAGAUUUAUUAAAAACAACCUGUAGUUUG